CAGAACUCUGUAUAUCUCAAUAUUUUUGAGUUCUAAAAACAAUAAAUAGCGCUACCAUCGUUAAUCACAAUUUCCUAAAAUGUCGCUGUCACAAAAACGUCAAAAGAAAUAAAAUUCUCCUAUCCUUUGGGAAAUGUCCCAUUAUCAUCCAAACAAAGAGAAAUACAAAAAACAACUCAACAUGUAAGCAUGAUAAUAAAAAAAGAUGUCAAAAACAAUUGUCGGUACAGUGCGAAUAAAACAAUCAUGUAUACAAUUGUUGAGAGAAAAUUUGGACAGAAUUUCGGUCUUGUUUUCUGCUAUAUUAAGUGAAAAGUGUUUUUCGCAGGACAAAUCUAGUGAUCAGACUGUUUUCGAAGUAUUAAUUAACGCACCAGACAAUUCAGAGAGGAGUUUAAGUCCGGAUUUCGUAACUAGGCUGCAGAAAUAUGUAGACGAAAUCUGCGUUGAAGGAUGCGCGGGAGCAGUGGCCGGGGAAGAUUCAAGUUACGAUUCGGACUACGAAGCUGAUACUCCAUCUUCCGUACCGGCCAGGCACCAGGAUGUCUCUCGAACGACCAGCGAUACUCUCGCUGCCGAAUACGCCGAAUAUGUUCAAUCUACGCCAGAAGUAUCUGCUGGAUAUACAGCCAGGGUAGAGUUUGCUUUAAAACUAGGCUACACCGAAAAACUCGUACAAGCUGCACUGCAAAAAUUGGGUCCUUCGCCUACUCAGAAUGAACUUCUGGCAGAGUUGAUAAAAUUGGGAGCUCAAAGAGGCAGUUCCUGCGAUAGCAGUCCAUCAGAAAGUACCUUGGAUAUGACGUCUUUCAAUAUAGAUGCCAUCGAAGGACCGCAGUCGUUACGUCCUAUAGUUAUAGAUGGAAGUAAUGUGGCCAUGAGCCACGGCAAUAAAGAAAUUUUCUCCUGCCGCGGAAUUAGAAUUUGCGUCGAUUGGUUUAAAGCUCGAGGACACAAAGAUAUUACGGUGUUUGUUCCAAAAUGGCGCAAAGAAUCGCCACGACCGGAUAAUCUGAUUCGGGAUCAAGAUAUUUUAGCUGAAUUAGAAAAAGAGAGGCUGUUAGUGUUUACUCCUUCGCGAUUAGUAGGUGGCAAGAGGAUGAUCUGUUACGACGAUAGGUACAUUUUGAAAUUAGCAGCCCAAACGGAUGGCAUAGUUGUCAGUAAUGAUAACUACAGAGACUUGUGUCAGGAGAAUGCUGAAUUCCGUAAAGUAGUAGAAGAACGAAUCCUUAUGUUCUCAUUCGUCAGUGAUCAUUUCAUGCCACCCGAUGAUCCAUUGGGUCGAUCCGGUCCCACGCUGGAUAACUUCCUUAAGUAUCAACCAAAGAAAGGAGAUCCUCCACCGCCCUGUCCUUACGCGAAGAAGUGCACCUAUGGAAACAAAUGCAAAUAUCAUCAUCCAGAAAGGGGACCUUUGCCUCACAAGAGCGUUACUGAGAGGUUGUCUGAGCAUGCCCAAAGACAUCUACAGGCAAGAGAAGGUGAUAUUCGUAAAACUCCUCUAGGCCGAACUCGGUCUAACAUACCACCUCCCAAAGAACCUCAACAUACUGUAGUUUCCAAAAGUCGUAGUGUCGAUAAUGUAGGUACUUCAUAUAUUCAGCAGCCACCUCUUCAGGAGAACCUUCACAAGAAACUUCAACGUCAGUUAACCUUAAAUCCUAGUGCAGAUCCAGGAUUAAACAUGAGGUAUUCAGGACCGCCACACGGACAACAAGGCGGUGGUCAAAUAACGCUAACAACGGGUCCACCCACUCCACCUUACAUAAAUCCACCUCUUGGCUGGGACGUGCAUCAUCAACAUGUAACUAGAAUUGCUUCUGCGCCUGAUUCGUACAGGCCGUGGCCACCACAGCAGCAUCCUCAGCAUAGACAUAUGCAGAGAAUAUCGAGUUGUUCAGACACCCAACUUAACGUUUGGCCUACCGGUUGGUCGCAAGGUAGCUCCCACCACAUGUCAAGCUCUACCGUCCAGGAAGAUACUCGUAGAAAGUUACACUAUCAUCUGGCAGCGAUCUUUCCUGAAGAGCAAGUGACACAAGCCAUGCAAAUGUAUCCAGACGAGACGAACCCCCAGAAAAUUUGCGCGGCUAUAUUGUCGAUGUUUCCAAAAUCGUAGGAGGUAUAAGUACAUUGAUGAUUUCUAAGACUUGAAAUCGAGAAAGAAUGCAUAUAUUUAAUUUUUGAAUCAAUGAGUGAGAAUUGUUUUUUGUUCUCUUAAUUUUUAAACAAUUGAUUCUUAUUCUGAGAAAUAUUAGCAUUAUUGAUUCACAAGCCUCGGGUCAGGGCGAAAAUACCCUAUUUUAAUAUAUUUUUGACUAACGAGGCGAAACUCAUUUAUAUGGACUGAAAAAACAAUUAUAUACUAUUAUGAUUUUACUAGUGUAUAUCCUAAAUACCCUUUUCUAUUAUAAAUAUACCUUUUUUCUCAUUUUAUUGUAGAAAUAUCUUUAAUUUUUGUAAUUUUAAUUAUUCAAUUGAUAGCUCUAGAAAUUUCUUUAUUAAAUUGUUAUCGUUUAUUUAGGCUGCUUUAAAAGAGAAUAAUUUAGACAUUUUAGAUUUUGUUAUUUAGUAUCUAGUGUUUGAUUUGAAAUGAAAAUUAUUUAUAGUCCAUUAUGCUUUUUAAAUGAAGGCAAAGAACUGCUAUAUGUAGCGACACUUAACAAUGAACAUACAUACAUUAUUGUCUUGAGCAAAUUGUAUUUAUAAUUAAUUUUUGAAUGUAGAAAUUAUAAAUACAAACCUGCAUAGUUUGUAUUCAUAUUUUAUUAAUUUUAACAUAAACGAAACAUUUAAUCAAUAUUAAACAGUAUUAGGAUGAUUAAAUAGUUUACCACUGACAUCAACACAUUCUAAAGUGUUUUUAAUACAAGAACUGUGAUAAGUGAGAGUGAGAGUAUUACAAAAUUUCCUAGAGGGAAAACUUGAGAACACACUUGGGCCUAUUAUCAGCUUGACAAUAACGCUAGAAGAAACAAAACUAGCUGUUCUGUUUGCGGCAAAGCUCAAACAUUUUUAUUUACAAGUUGACAGAAAUAAAGAAAUCUAGUUCAGAUAAAACAUUUUUUCUUAUUCGUUCCGUCCUAAAUUUGGCACAAAGGAAUGCUUAUGGAAUCACCUAUCGUCUGACUAGCACAGGCAGUCGUUACUGUAAAAUUACUUUUAUCUUUGGGUUCAGUUUUGGGGGGUUAAAUUGGAAGUUAUAAUAAACAUGUAUGUAAUAAUAUUCGGCACUUUUAAGCUGGUUCCAUAUUUGGACCCUUAAGUCUAAGUAAACUACAAGUCGAUCAGACUUUCGUUCUAGAAUUAUCUUGCCGGUGAACAUAUGCACAGACUUACAGACAUUUUUUUGCUUUUAUGAUCGGAAACGUGGAGAAAAGUGGGAGUAAAAAAAUUUUUCAUCGGCAUGUAUGCAAUACUGAUGACCCUUGGUAAAGCAGAACUCAUUAAUUUGUAAAUUUAACAGCACCAAAUCUGUCUGAAAAAGCAUAAAAAUAUAACAAUACUCUCGUUACAAAUAAACACCUUAAACAGAACUUGUCAGUUAAAAUAAAAAUGUGUCUGUUCUUUGCCUUCGUAUUUUAACAUAGAUACAGUAUUUCCAAUUAAGCAACUCUUAAAAAGAAAUUCAUUUAGAACAAUUCUUUGAUGCCUCUUAGGAAAUUAUAACUACACCAGUACCAGUAUGAUGUCUCAAUAUACAGUGUUUCAUAGAGUUCUUGUAACCAUUGUUAAAUAUAAUUGAUUUCAAAAUGAUUAUUAUAAACUAUUGAUAUUCAGUUGAUGUACAAAAAAUUAUCUGUUCCUCAAGGCGCCCAGUAUUAUUUCACUUUGGUACAUUUACUUUAGCGAUACUCUGUACAUUAGCUGUGAUAAAAUGAGACAUAUUUCAAACACUUGAAGCUCCAAUUUUUUACCUGUAAUUUUUACUAUAUUUUUAAGCUAAUAGUGAUGAUAAAACAAUUUAAAAUUUGGUAAUCUAGGAAAUUGUGAUAAUUCAAAAUUAAAUUUAACAGUUUCUCUACACUAGCGAGAGCCCCUCAACGAGAUGUGCGUACCAUCUUUUAUGCCGGUCAAGAUAUAGUGUAAGUUUAUUAUUGCUAUCUGUUUGAAUGGUAAACAAACUAUUCAGAUUUGCAUGAACUAAUUGAGGUUAUAGUUAGAAAUAUCUAAUUUAUUAAUUGUAUUAGGAAUGUAAUUACAGUCCAUUCAUUUACUUUACACCAAUAUUCAAUUAAGAGGAAUAAAGCUAGACAUGACUAAAUUAAAAAAAAAUCAGAAAAAGACAAAAUAUUAUAGGUUAAUAAUUAUUUUAGGAAAAUGUUAAAUUCGGCUAGUUCUAAGUCGAAAGUCAGUCAAAAUUAUUAAUAAUCGCCAUUGGUCGAACAGGCAAUUUUUUUUUUUAGGCCAUUUUAGAUCUUUUGAAACACAUUUCAAAAUACUUUUUUGCCCUGGAAAUGCUUCAAAAAAUUUUUUUCACUGCAUUUUGUCCUUCCCUUUUUCUUUUGCUAACAGUACAAUAAGUAAAAUUAAUCUCAUAAUAUUUGGAAAUAUUAUCUUCUAAAAAGUGUAGCUUGCAAACAGCAUCACUUCUAGAAAGUGCUUUAUCAGGCCCAGGAAUGAUAUGAUGCAACUGUUCUAAACGUUUAGGAUCCUAUAAAAAAACAUUUAUAAUGAUAAAAUUAGGAUUUAAAAAAAAUAAAAGUAAUUCUUUAACUAACAUCAAAACUUUGAAAAAAAAAACAUUUUCUUUUCUAGUAAGUUAAAUUUAAUGUAAUUUUUGUUGUUUGUAAGUCGGGAUUUUUGACUGUAUAAUUUUAUAUUGUAGAAAUUUGUAAUAAAAUAAACUAUACUUUGUAAGAUUCGGGUUGUUUACAAUAAAUAUUAUAUUAAGAAAUAUAUUCAAUAUUUUACCUACACUAGGAGAUUUAAAAAGACUGAAUUGAUUUAUCCUUGUGUUUUCUUUAGUUUUAAAUCUGAUUGAUAUCCCGUUUUACAACCUGGAACGAAGUAAAUAUUUCACUCAUGUUGCUUGUACUGGGGUACUUUUUUUCACAUUAUUUUGUUUCUUUUCGCCAAUUAAAAAAAAACACUUUAUUUAAUAAUAAUAAUAAUAAUAAUAAUAAUAAUAAUAAUAAUAACGUUUAUUUGCAGAUUUAUAUUGAUAAAUAAAAAAAUUACAUAUACAUUAAAAUAAAAUUAUGCUACAAAAAAGAGACAGCAGACCUGAUACAAAGUGUUAUCCCUUAAAUUAAUUUUAUAAAUUAAUAUCACAUUGUAUACUGCUUAAUUUAAUUAAAUAUAAUUAACUUUAAUUUAACACAAUUAAACAUAAUUAAAUAUUCUCAAAUACCUGUAUGUAUCUUCAUAUUUAUCUAGAACUCACUCUUCUGGUAUUUGUCAUGUUUUUAAAAUAUGUUAGAAAGCGACGGAACCUAUAUUUCAUCAAAGACGGGCAGAAGUCUGUCCCUGUCUGUCUUAUUUUGAAUUAUGAAAGAAGACAAGAAAAAUUAAUUCGCCGCAUAUUUCACUACUUAAUUAAAUAUCGGUGUAAACUAAAUGAAUGGACAUAUGAAAAUUAAUAGGAAUCAAAUACGGAAACAAAAAAUUAAUUCAUUAAAUCUUUUUAUUUCACACAAAUGUUUUCUCUUUAUAUUAAAUACAAGUUUGUACAAAUCUCAUUUUGGGUAUCUUAUCUGCAUUUAUAAUCAGAUUACGGGUAAUAUUGGUAUGUCUUUCAUUAUACCUUGACAGGCAUAAUACGCUGUUUCCUACAUUGGUCGCUACUAAGAUGACGCUCGUGACAUUCGACCCACGUCAAAAUGACAGGACUCUGCGCGAGUCAUCUAGUGUAAUAUUUAUUUAUAAAGUAUGGUGUUUUUAGAAUUUUGAGCUAUUAGUGUCAAAACUACUUGGAUAAAAAUACUCAUUACAUUGUUUUGGAAACGUAUGGAGAAAUGGACUCAGGUCUGUUUAAAGCCAGUAUAUAGUUAAUGAAUAGAAAGUUUGUCUUUUCAAUUUUUGUUUUAACUUCAAAGAUGUUUAUUGCUAAAGUUAGGUGCUUCAUUUUCUUUGGUAUGUCAUAAGAGAAUUAGAAUGCGCCUAAUUUUUAAAUUUGAGAAUAAACCACUUUAUUGAAGUGUCUUAUGUAAAAGUGAAAUAUAUUUAAAUUUGUCAGAAUUACAGUCGAUAUUGGUGUUAAAACAAAUUGCUGAAUGAAUAACUUUUAACGAAAACGUAAAUAUUGAUAAGCAAUGUGUAUCAUGUCAAAAUAAUUUGAUUGUGAAACUUUUCUGUUAAUGGUAAUUCAUUCUUUGUGCUGCAACUUAUUAAGAUUAAAAACCGUUUAGAUUAAGAUUAGGAAAACAACUUCAUAUUGAAGGUUCUAAAAAAUGCUUUCGAAUGAUUGUAGUUUUUAAUGUAAUUAAUAUUUUUUUUACACUGAUAAGUUGAUACUAUGUAUCUCUAGUAAAAUUGUUGCAAUUUUUGAAUUAUAGUAUAGUAUGUUGCAAAUUUUAGUUGACCAUUCCCGUCUUAAAAAUGUUGGAAUGUACAUCUAAAAUUUAUUACUAGCCCUGUAUCAAUCUACAUUGUUUAAUCAUAAAUGUGUACUAAUCCAUGAAUUCUUACAUGCAGAGCAUUUGUCAGGUUUCCUAAAAUUCAAUAUUAGUAAUAAUUUUAGAAAACGGUAAUUUUUAUGUCUAAAUAUUCUUAUCAAUUUUUAAGAUUCUAAUAAAUCGUCUAGUUUCAAUAUUUUUCUAAAUCUUAUUUAUAGUUCUAAUGGGUGAUAAUGCAAAGGAAUGGCACUCAUGUAUGGUAUCCUAGGUUUCGAAUGAUUUCCUUAGGUUUUUAAUGUGUUGAUUUGGGAUCAGAAGAAGCAACUUAACUUUUAUUAUUUAGUUCAGUUCCUGAAAAUAUUGCUUCAGUUUCAGAACUGUCAGCAAAUGCUGCAAUUAAAAAUAUAAUUAAUGCAGGUAAAUCUCCUGACUGAUGAAAAUGAGUAUAGACGAUUUGAAAGGUUAAUAAUGUAGCUAAAAAAAAUAUGAGAUACGAAAACACUUAAGAAGCAUAUCAUAGUAAAUGAUAUUCGCUGGUAAGGAAGUGACAUCUACUAACUGGGAAAUCUACUUUCCUGGUUAGCUGGUAAAAUGAAGUAAGCAAUAAGUUGCUUCCCGACUGUUUCGAAGGGUAUAAAUCCACAGAUUAUUAACCUAUUGUGAGUAAAAUUAUAAUACUGAAUGAAACCAGAACUAAUGAGAAAGGAUGUUAAGUAGGAAUUGUGAAAAAUAACACCUCCUCCUAUCUUGAUCACUGCAAGAAUAAUAACUAUAGUAUUUUUUUUUUUUUUUCGUUUUAUGGCCUAGGUGUAUAUACCUAAUAUGCCAGUCUGAAUUUAUGUUUGUCUUCUUAUUAAUGUGUGUUCUGUGUAGGUUUUGUUACUGUUUGUCAGCGCCACUUCAGGAACAGCACUGUUAAUUAGAACCCAACAGUGAAUGGUCGAGUGGGGAAUCCUACCUAUGCAUUAGAAUUAAUAUUUAAUUUUUUUUAACCAAAUAAAAAUUCCUGCCACCUGUCACUGGCGGGAUUCGAACCUGAAACCCUCCGAGCUCGACACUCUUUUAUUAUAGGAGAUUUUAAUAUGAAUUGAUAACAUAUAUUUUUAAAUGGCAUGUUAAAAUAGAAUGUACCACUGAAUAGACCUGUUUUAUGUUGUCUGAAAAAUGCUCUGUAUCAACUUAAUGUAACGAUUAUAUUACUGUAGUGUGCCAAUUCAUCAAUAAGUGUACUACUUUUAUGCGAAGUUAUACACCCUUUAACUCGACAGAAAAAGUAACCCAUUUUGUUUAGACUGUUGUAUCAUUGUUGAAAAUUUUGUAUGCACCUAUGUGUUGUUUAGUACUGUUGCAUAUUGCAUCUCGAUAACCUGAUUAUUAUGCAGUUGAUUCGCAAAUAAUUAUGUGAAAUACUCAAUUGAUGUUUAAAACAUUCGAGAGUUUUCAGAUUUUAUUUUGAAAUGACAUAUCCUAUUUUUACAUCCUUUCGUUUUAGCUUUGUUUAUUAUAGAUGAAUGUUUUAUAUAUCCAGUUGUUAACAUUUUUGACUAAUU